AUGUUGCAAAUCGGAUACGAUUUGUUAGGACGAGAGAAUCCUCCGCCGGGCUACCAUUCGGCCUCUGAGAAUUGGAGGAUCCAUGGUAUAGGACCAGAGCCAACCAAACUCCGUCCACAGUUUAUUUCCUGCACAACGAAGUUCAAGCUGUAUUUCCCAAGGAAGGGAAACCAGUGUGUAUAUGAUGAAUUGUCAUCAAAUGGCGAAUUCAGUUAUUUGAUUUGGGCUGGAUCGAUUGGCCUUCAAGAAUUCUAUAAUCUUGCAGUUGACAAAUGUGAGAAGAACCGUGUGGGCGCUGGAGAUAUCAUUCGAGAUGCCGUGGCAUCGGGAUUGCCACGAAUGGACUGGUGGAUCAGUCUUAAGCUCAGGACCGCCCCACAGUUCAAUAAAACUGCCAAACCGAGGCCCAAAAUCAAUGAUGAAUCAGCUUUUGCGGCCUGGAUGCAGGUGAUCAUCGAUAGCGGUGCCGAUAACACCAACUCAUACUUAAUUACGGCCAGAGCGUACAAAUUGGCCCGGCAGGCUGCCCAAGAUGCAAAUGCUUCUAAGCGACCUGCACCGGGGCAAGACCAUCCGGAUCAAGCUCCAACAGCGGCCGAUUUCAAUACAGGAAACGUCCUGGCCAACAAGCUCUUGUCGAUCCACCGGCCCAACACCAAAUACAAGAGAAAGCUCCCAGUGUUCAUCCAUCCGACCGAAGACAAUCAGUAUAUUCCUUUGACUGGCGCCGUGCUUGACAUAUGGGCUACAGCACUUGAGAAAUCUGUUGACGGAGUCAGCCUGUACUCACCCCCAGCCAGCAUCAAAUUUGAAAAAGUUUCAGCAGCCAAGAGACAACGAUUAGAUGAUGAUCGACCCCGCCGCAAAUACAGUCCAACUUCCGACUCUGACUCAUCUGUGUUAAUCCAACCAGAUGACAACUUGAUGCGCAAGUACGUAAAAUUUGUCAUCAAGCCCGAGAAACGAGAUGCAGUGCUUCAAAUUCUGGACCAGCACAACAUUGUUCACCCAAAGCUGUUCAAGUCAAAGACUAUCACCGAAGAGAAGAUGAGUAAAUGGGGCUUGAGUGAUGGCAUUGUGGCUCAGUUACGCGAUAAUGUCUCUAGAUUUGAUAAAAAUCCUCAGUAA